GUCGCUCUCAUUGCCACGAUGGAUCAGAUGAGGUUAACUGUCCAAGUGUAGCUACUCCUGCACCUAGGCCUAAUGUCUUGAAGUGCCGGCUGGGCUCAAGGCCGUGUAACGAUGGCACAGAGUGUGUUUUAUACAGCCACAUAUGUGAUGGAGAGAAGGACUGCAUGGAUGGAUCUGAUGAACAGGGAUGCUCAGAAACUUGCAAACAAGGUGAGUUUCAGUGCUCCCAUGGGAAGAUGUGCAUCCCUGUGGCUCAGGUGUGUGAUGGGAAGUCACAGUGUCGGGACCAGUCUGAUGAACAGGACUGCUGGGAACGAACCAAGAGCUGCGAGUAUCGUUGUGUUGACGGCAAGCGCUGCAUCCCAAACAAAUUCCUCUGCGAUGGGGAGAGAGACUGCCUGGAUGGCACAGAUGAGGUGGGCUGCGACCCUACUACAACAACUAAACCUGCUGUCCUCAUGUCCACAUCAGCUUGCAUCGCUCCCUCAGUUCUUUGCCCAGGCUCAUCCCUCUGUAUCUCUGAAGAUCAGCUGUGUGAUGGACAAAGAGAUUGCCCUGAUGGAUUUGAUGAAAAUGGCUGUGUGGUACAAUGUGAAAACCAUGAUGACUUCUUGUGCAGUGACCGGAGAAAGUGCGUCCCCAGGAUGCAAGUGUGUGAUGGUCGUGCCCACUGUCCCGACGGCUCGGAUGAGAGGCAGUGUCAAUCAGCUGAUUCUCCUGCUUCCUCCUCCAUCAACGUCCUAAAUGCCAGAUCUGCCCCUCUGAGGUGCCGCAAAGGUUUCAAGCCAUGUAAAGACGGCCUGCACUGUGUUAUGUACAGCCAUGUGUGUGAUGGAGAGAAGGAUUGCCAGGAUGGAUCAGACGAAGAAGGAUGUGCUGUUAAGUGCAAAGCAGGUGAGUUCCAAUGUUCUCACGGGAAUCGAUGCAUCCCACCAGAGCAGUUGUGUGACGGGCAGUACAACUGUCAGGACCGAUCUGAUGAAAUGGACUGCUCAAGGCUGAGUGAUGGCUGCCAUCGGCAUUGUGAUAACAACACCCGCUGUAUACCAAAGACCUUCCUGUGUGAUGGCGAGAGAGACUGCGCCGAUGGGUCAGAUGAGGAAAAGUGUGGUGUGGUGGCCUGUACAAUUAACCAGUAUCGCUGUGCUAGUGGCCAGUGUGUGUCUGACGCUCUGAGAUGUGAUGGAUAUGCUGACUGCAGUGAUCGCUCGGAUGAGAUGGACUGCACAAGACCCCCACGCUGCCUGACACAGCUCCGAUGCCCAAACAGCCAUGAGUGCUUGCAGAAAGAGUGGCUCUGUGAUGGUGAGGACGACUGCAAAGACGGGUCAGACGAGAAGAACUGUGUUACACCACCAGCAAAGUGCAGGGGAUACCAGUGGCAGUGUGGAGACAGCAGUCAGUGUAUCCCUCUGUCCUGGAGGUGUGAUGGGAAAAGGGACUGUUACAAUGGCGUGGAUGAAGACAAAUGCAACCAGAGAAAAUGCCCGUCUCACCUUUACCAGUGUGGGAGUGGUGAGUGCUUGGAGCCUGGCCUGGUGUGUAACGGCUUUACCAACUGUGCCGACAGUUCAGAUGAGGGCGUGGGAUGCACUCGGCGCAACUGCUCCAGCCCAUCAGCUCCUCAGUGUGACCACCACUGUGUCAGCACCCCAAAUGGAGCGAGGUGUUACUGUGCCGCAGGGUUCAAAAUACAGUCCAGUGCUGUGUCCUGUGUGGACAUUGACGAGUGCAAUGGAUUGCCGCACGCUGUAUGCAAACACACCUGCCUCAACACCCGUGGGUCCUAUGUCUGUCAUUGUCACCCUGGCUUUUACCUGGAGCCUGACAACAAAAGCUGCAAGACCAAAGACGAACCUUUGCUCCUGGCGUCGGUGCAGUCAGAGUUGUUACUGCUGGGAGUCCAUAGCAGCACGUUGCGUCUUCUCUCCUCUUCCAGUCGGCCGGUCUUCUCACUGGAUUACCACUGGGCACAACACAGAGUUUACUGGCUGAGCCCCGACUAUCAGAGCAUCCGCUGGACUGACAUAGAAAAUUCAAAUAACAAAGGCACACUUAUCAAAGGAGUGAAGUCAGACUUUAUCGCUGUAGACUGGGUCGGUAAGAACCUGUACUGGGUGGACGGACUCGUAGGCCAGAUUCUGGCUGUGAAGCUCAGUGAUGCUACAGUGAGAUCUCAGGAGUACACUGUGGUCCUGGGUGAAGAUCUGGAGCAGCCAAGCUCUUUGGUCUUGCUGCCCCACAGAGGUCUGAUGCUGUGGUCUGAGAUUGGCAGCACCCCUCAGAUUGAGCGGGCUGGCAUGGACGGUUCAAAGAGGAAGGUGGUGGUGAGCCGAGCCUUGAGCUGGCCUGUCAGUUUGGCCUAUGACCUCCUGGACAACAGGGUGUACUGGGCUGAUGAGAAGCUGCGCUGCAUCGGCUCGGCCUCUGUGGAUGGAGACGACGUCAAGAUACUCCAGUUAGCCGAAACUCCAAACCCUUUCUCUGUGGCCGUCUUCAAUGACAGAGUCUUCUGGUCUGAUACAAAGAGGAGGACCAUCCGCUCAGCUGACAAGAACACAGGAAAAGAUCAGAAGGUUCUUCUGAAGAGACCAGGACAGCCAUUUGGACUUAAACUGAUGCAUGCCCUUUCCCAGCCAGCCAUACCCAGCCCCUGUGAUCAGCUACACUGCUCCCAUCUCUGCCUUCUGGCCCCAGCGGUGAGGGGCAAGUCUGGAGCUCCAGGAGCUCCAGUGGUGAGGGGGCUUACUGCAGUUUGUCGAUGCCCAAAGGGGCUGCUACUUUCCAAGGACAAGAUCACCUGCUCUCUGCCCAUGGAGUCAACGUUCAUCCUGCUUUUGUCUCGUACAACAGUCUAUCAGAUUCACUUAAACUCAAUGCAUAAAGAUGGUGUUGCUCUUAAAAAAAUGCCAAACGGUCGAGUUCUAAUCCUCCCUGGAGUAACUGAGGCCUUGGGGCUGGACGCAUCCAUCAGAGAGCUCUCUCUGUAUGUGGCUGACGCAGGACAAGGAUCUGUGGAUGUGCUGAAAUUGAGCAGCUCCAGAUCAGGAGGGCAGCUGACACCUGCUGGACAAAUCCUAAAGCUAAAGGAUGACACCGUCUCGGCUCUGGCAGUUGACUGGGUGACUUCCAACCUCUACUGGAGCAGCACCACGCGGCCCGAUCUCCAUGUGACCUCCCACCGUGACGGCUACACCACCUCACUGCUGCAGGGGUUGCUGGAGGGCACCACUUCCAUCGCGCUGCAUCCCCCCUCAGGACGACUUUGCUACACAGCACUAGUCGUGGCCGGUGAGAAGAGCCAGGCAGAGGUGAACUGUGCCUGGAUGGAUGGCCGUAAUAAAGCAGUGCUGUGGCGGAAGUCGAGCAUCCCCACCUCGCUGGUCUUUUCCAAUAAAGGAACCAUGAUUUACUGGGCUGACACGGGUGAGGGAGUAAUCAGCUCUAUUGGAGUGGAUGGAUCAGGUUAUAACCAGUACAAAACGGGGCCCGGUCUGCUCAUCUCCUUCACACAUACUGAGAGCAUCCUCCUCUGGGUCACCCUGGAUAAAGAUGUAACCAAACUGUGGUUCAGUGAUGGGCUCCAGCCUAAACAACUGUGGUUUGAGACAAAGACCAGGAUGGUGGAAGUCAGAGCCUACAACAACAACAGCCAGACUGGAACGAAUAGCUGCUCCAACAACAAUGGCGGAUGUGACCAUCUGUGUCUGCCCUAUCCUGGAGGUCGGGCAUGUAAAUGUGGGCGGGCCUUCUACAGUGUCGAUGCAACGUCCUGUGCCCACCUGCCUGACUGUCCUGCUGGAGAACAAUCUUGCCAUGAUGGAAGCAAGUGUGUCAGCAGCAUCAAGUUCUGCGACGGACACGUGGACUGUCCGGACCAGUCUGACGAACAGGACUGUCCAAACACAAACUCGGCAUCUUUCGGGACCAAAGCCGGUGAUGGCCGUCUUCCCCAGUCUUCCUCCUCCCCUCAACCAAACUCCAAAAAAGGCUCCACAUCCUGUGACCUCCAACACUGCAGUCAUGGCAACUGCAUCACAGAAGGCAAAGUCACUCGCUGCCAGUGUGUGGCUGGUUACAAGGGAGAGUUUUGCCAAGAGACUGAAACUGGACAAAGUCAUGUGGCUGUCAUCCUGGGUGUCUUCUGCCUCGUUGCUGCAUUGAUGGCUGCUGCUUUUAUCUUUGCCAAAAGGAGAGCCUGGGCAUCGAUCAGAAGCAGAUCCACAGAGAAAGAAACUCUGAUGGCUAACAUGGGCCUGCCUUUUGAACACUAUGAUUCUGACUCUGAGGAGCUGGACUCCCCAGUAGACGUAAAGAACCCCCCACUCGCAUUAAAGUCACUCCAGCCUAAAUAGAUUUCUGCAUCCACUGAAAUAUGGAACUUUGGCAUCCUGUAAACACCUGGUUGUCACUUUAUAUCAGAUAUCAAUAAUAACUGAGGAUCCAUGUCCCUGUACCUGAAUUUCAACAUGGUGAUGCAGACUGUCAGUAAUAAACAUGAUAUAAGAUGAACCAAUAACCAGUCUCUGUUUCAAAUUCUCUCUGACAAAGAAAAAAAACAUCUGAAGGUUCUUACUAAAGUAACGAUGGAGGUCACUAAUGAGCUUCUGCACUGACAUUGAGGGAAAAUUUGCUAAUGCCGAUUGGUCAGUUUCAGUCCAAUGUAAUAAAAGGUUAGCUUGCACAGCAUGUGUGUGUUUGACCGUCGAUUCAGUGAAAUAGCAAGAGUUCUUAACAAUCCAACAUAUUAGAAGUGACAAAACAUGAACAAAAAUAACUCUCCAUAUCCCAGACUUGGCGCAGACAGAUAUUUCAUCAUGUCUAAUCCGUGCACACUUGCUUUGUGUGUCAUUGUUUGGCUGUUCUGAUGUUGCUUCAUGUUUCUCUAACACUUACUGUAUGUGCAGUAUGUGUGUAUUGUUUAUCUUCUUAAUUCUACUGUGGUGACACUUUUUCAGUGUUGUCUUAUUCAUGCUUACAUGUCUGUCCACUGGGUGUGAAGUGUGUGUCUGUGUGAAUGUCUGUCACACACAAAAAUCUCUUCAAACAUCCCCUGAGCAAGAAAGAAGGAUGCCUUGCAUUUCUACCUGCAGGUUGACAGUUACUUUUAGCAGAUGAGCCGAGUUUAGCUCAAUUAAUGGACUGUGGGAUCACAUAGCAGGUCCUC